CUGAAACUGUAAGCCAGCCCCAAUUAAAUAUCUUCUCUCUAUAAGAUUUGUCAUGGUCAUGGUGUCUCUUCAGAACAAUAGAAAUCCUAACUAAGACAUUGCCCAGCCAAGCACAGAGAAGGCAAUGGUAGACCCACCAGAGUGAAAGAUGACUGAUAACAAGUCUUCCCAUUUCUCUUUUCCAGACACAUGGCUGGUUUCCCUAUUGCCCUGGAAUACAACAGUUCAUACCCACCUCUUUAGAAUACUCACUCCUUUGUUUGCCCUUUGCUGUGCCAGAAGGCUCAUCCGAGUAUGUACCUGUCUCAUUUUCAUUUUCUUCAGGUCUUUCCUGCAAUGCUGUCGUAUCAAUGUAGACUUCAUCACCCAGCUACUUAAAAAUACCAUCUUGCUUCCUUUCCCACCAAUCUGACAAGACUCUCCUCCUCACCAGCACGUCUGCUCUCCUGCAGCACUCCCCACUGGCUAAUACACCAUACUCAGUUAUUUGAUUCAUUACCUGUUACCUCUCACUACAACAAGCCUCCCGGAAGCAUGAGGCUUUGAUCCUCUUGCUGUUGGCUGUGUUCUCAGCACCCGGUGGGCACCUGUGGAACCACAUGGGAAACAUCACUUCAUAUUUGUGGUAUGAAUGAAUCGCAGACAGCCCAAUCCCAUUGAGCCAUUCCAAAUUUUGAGGAAAAAAAUUGCAGGUCAAAAGCUGUUGAAUAUUGGCAGUUUUGUGUAGCUUGGCCUAAUACAAUGAACCCAUAAAAAUUGGUUCAAGAGAGCUGUGCAGCAGGGGCAUUUUCGUCAUGUCAGAAUGUCAAGAUCUGUUUUUAAUCUGGUAUCAAAUUAUUCAUUUAAAUAGGCAUGUCUUUCCCUAACCCUGUGGUCCACAGAGCAACCUUCUUCUAGAAGACUAUCAUAUCAGAGGCAGAAAUGCUAGUGUUGCCCUUCAGACCUCCACAUAUAGUUUUUCUUGGCUAAGAAUUAGUUAGAUAAACUAGAGUUUAAUAGGCCACAAAACUGAUCAGCCAUUAGACCCAAAGCCAGGGAAAUAGUGGCAAUCAGUGAUGAGACAGAAGAUGGGUGGGGGGGGCAGGCUCUGUGGUAGAGCCGAGGAGUCUAAUCCUGGUGGUCAGUGUUCAGAAGGCAGAGGUCUCCCUCUGCAACAUGGUGAGUUUUUGUUCUUGUUUUCUGUUUUUUUUUUUUUUUCAUAUAGCCAAGGGAAAGGGAAUAAAAACCUAGAACCUCCUACCUUAGAAUCAUAGCUUUCUUAAAGCCAGUCUGUUAAAAUCCAAAUGGAAAAAGCCUUGGUUUUGAUGUUUCCAACGCAGUUCAGAAGACAAAUGCUGUGCAGUCUGUAAUUCAAGGUGGCCAGAUCAGCUGUUAGCCCCCAACACACAGCCUUGGCUCUAUAGUUAUGACCCUCGAUGUUCAAAGUCCCCACAACACAGGGGCUGCCUCUAGUCUCUGCAGGAGCUAGGAGUGAAAUACAAACAAGCUGGGGCAAUGCGUUGACAUGUAUGUGAUCCUACUUUAUUUGCCUCAGGCUACAUUUGCUCACUUUUGGGGUGAGAUGCAGACAUGGAGCGUUCACCUUUUUCACAUGUAUCUUAAAGAAAACAGCAGUGCAGCGUGUUUACAGGGGCCCUUGGCCCCGCCUCCCAGGAGUGUGAGGGUUUGGCUACAUUAGUGACCCACCAGGUCAGCUUGGCUGUUUCCGUCAGCUGUGGCUCUCCAUGCAGUGUUCAAGUUGCUGUCAAUCGUUAAUAAUGCGCCUGAACAUAGGAGUGGUGAUGCCUCUGUCAUGAUUGCCCUAUCCUAAUAGCUAGGGGUGGUUGCUAACUUUCAUCAUGCCUCAUUCAUAAACUAGACCUUACUGUAAGCUUGCAUGUAGAGAAUUAAAACACACCAUAUGAAGGAAUUAAUACUAUCUGAAGUUUCAGGACUAUGCAGGGGCAUUAUAUUCUGUCAAGAGGAACCGCUAUACUCACGAAACUUAAACAGCCAUUUUUGUUAUACUUCUUUAAAAUGUCGUGGGAAUCUGUAACCAUAGUGAAAGGCAUGGCAUGUUUGAAGGUUUUGUUACCUUGUUGGGCAUGGUGACCACUGCCUUUAAUCCUGACACUUGGGAGACAGAGGAAGGUGGAUCUCUGUGAGCUGGAAGCAGGCCUGGUCUAUACAGUGAGCUCUAGGUCAGCCAAAGUUGCACAGUGAGGCCUUUCUACCCCUGCCUCUAAAAAAAAAAAAAGUAGUCUAGUUCCUCAGCAAAUGCCUGAGGUCUCCCUGUGUGCUCUGGCUACCCGUUCCUCUCACCAUUCGUGAUUCUUCCCUGACUGCACAUGGUGGGAGACACAUUUUAAUGGACACUGCGGUUCCUUUUGUAGACAAUGUCAUCCUUCCUGCCCCAUUGCUUCCUUACUACUUUUGUGGUCUAAUUUCCAGGGAAAGCUACCUUGGUCCCCAAGGAGACCUGGCCACCCCCGUCUCCACCGUCCCCUAUGAGAGUACCACGUCUGUGCCUAUAACGGCACCAGGUCGACAGUUCCUGACCCCUGACCCCACAUCAAGCUUCAUUCUUUUUGUGCACAUCCCCUCUCUGUGGCAGUAACUGCCACCACCCCAGUCACCUCCAGUCACCCCCAGUCACUCCCAAUCACCUGAGUCAGGGUCAGGACGUCUCCUCUUCUUGUGUAACAAUCUCCAGGGUUCUCAUUUCCAUCAUAGGCUCCCUGUGUUUUCCCUUCUUUCCUUGAGUGGACCUCUCUCCCUCACUCUUUCCCGUACUUGGGAUGUUGAGUUCGAUCUCCUCACUCUGCUGAGCUGAAGAAGACUCCUUGCUGAUUCUCGGUUACCUGGAAGAAGUCAAAACUUCACCAAAGCCUUCUGGUCCUGCCUACAGCAGCCCCUCUAGCUCACUCCUUUCAGACUUCACAGACCCUCAGGAGCAAGCAGAGGGGAAGGAGUUCUUUCUCUACAGGUCAGAGAAGGUGCAGCAGCAGAGGCUAUCCCCACUCAGAAGAAGCUGACACAGGCGUCUGCUUCUGUGGCUGCCAUGAGCAGUGUCUCUGUGGCGGCUGCUUUUGCUGAUUGACUUUCUGAGUGUGUACAGCGACUUCCCCAUGGGUCAUAUGUUUUUCCAAGACUCACAGGAACUCACACCGAAGAGUCCAGGAAGUUCCCCAUGUGCCUCGAAAAUGCCUCCUCCAGAAUUCCUAAGUUAAAGGUCCCAGGAUUGAAACUUCAGAUGUGAAGUUCCCUUUGGAGCUGCCUGGAAUGGUGCUCAGGAGGACUGCCAGCUUUUUUAGGGCUGCAUAAGGAACGGUGUGUGUUGGGUCAGGCAGGAAGCAGUGUAGAUCUGGGACUCCAAAGUCCUCAAGAGCCAGAAGCAAAGUUAGGGAGCCCAGCACCCCUGUGGUCCUGGGUGGCCGCCAGGUAAGUGGGGUAGUCCCUUUCCUCCAAGUGCUAUGUGUACUUCCUGUCCCAAUGACUUUGCGCUUGUUCAUGUGACUUGGGUAGGCCAGUGGAACAUAAGCAGACAAGAUGAGCACAGAGGCCUGAAAUACAUUUAUUGGCUCAUAUACUCCUUUAGUUCCCAGUGAGAAGGACACACUCUGGGUCACCAUUGUCAGUCCUUGGAUAUUGACUUUGGACUAGUCUGUGUUGCCUCUUGGAGAUCUAAGCAAAGAUGUACAUAAUUUGGAAUUCAAAAGUGGCCUAUUCUGAAAACACACAGAGGGGUUGUUAUACAUGUGGGGUAGCUAAAGUCUUAGGGUUGCCACGCUUGUCAAGAUGAUAAAGACGGAGAAGGAGUCCGAUGAUGGAAUCAUGAUUUACAGACUAGAGACACAAGAAGGAAUUAGAGAGGUGCCAGAAACAGAGCAAAAGGAAAGGAGACAGAAAAGCCAGCAACCACUGAAGGGCGGAUAGAGAGGGCGUUCAGAGCUGUCCAAAGUAUCAGCGGCCACUCAUGUCCAGCUGGCUGGUAGGCCAGCAAGGUGAGGUAGAGACCUGGCCUGCCAGUUUAGUGACAGAAAAGCCAUUGGUGUUCCUGAGAAGCCAUUCUCUGGGGUCCCGGGGGCAAGAGCUUCAAAGGAGGAAUCCAGGAAACAGGAAGAGGAGAGAUAACAGCAAGUUCAACAGUCCUUAUUAAAAAACAAAUUCUCAAAAUCAGGCUAUGGCCAAAGGAGGACGGGCGUCAAGAGAGUUUCUUGAAGAUGUAAAAAAAAGAUGUUGUAAGGUUAAUAUUGAUGAGAAGAUCCAAGAGAAAGAAGGAAGAGGUGAUGAAGUUGAGCUGGGGGAGAGGGGAGGUGGUUCAUGUAACAGGGAGCCGGAAGCUGGCUCAUCAGGAGAAUCCAUGUAAGAGAUGAGGAAAAUGCACUCAGCAUUGUCCGGGGGACAUGAAGUGAAUGGGCCUGGAUGUGUGGUGUGCAUGCAGAGAGGCCCGUGUCGGCAGAAACCUGCACCGUAGCCCUGUGAAGUCCCUCUGUUAAUUGCUGCAUGUACAGAGGAAGGCCCUGAAACAGGAAACAGUCAAGGAACAGACCCGAAGUCGCACAGCAAGAAAAUGGUAAAGCUAGGAUUUGAACAUAGCAGUUUGUUUCUUGGGCCUGGAAGCUUAGCUGCUAUGUUAAGCUGACCCAGUUAGAGAUGUAAAGGCCCACCACAAGCUGAGCUAGGCAGAAUGAAGGUUGAAUUUGUGUUUGUGGGGUGACUACUGUGUGCCAAAAAUCUGAACCAGAGGCCUCUGCAACACCUCUACACCCACAGUCGUCAAGGGGCCCAUUUUUCUGAAGAAGGAGGCCCAGGAAGAUUCUUUCAGAGGGAAAGGAAAUCCUGGGUUUUUAACUGUUGGUCUGCUUGUAAAUACCACACCGUGUGCACAAAGUGGAAGAAGCAAUGACCCUUUUUGUGGCCCUGCCUAGCUGGAACCAACUUACCAGCAGAGUGCAUCCAAACUCUCCAUGCAUCAGGUGGAGGUCACUAGGAACCUUUAUCCCAAGCAGGUAAGAGUUAUGUGACCCUUACAACAACAAGAAUUGGAAAGAAGGUAACCUGGGCAGAAAGCUGGCUGCCUGCCUGACCUAUUUUAGAAGCUGAUUGUUUGAGGCAAGGAAGAGGAGAGCACAGGAGUCAAGGCACAUGGUAAGAGCCCUGGGAUUCUCUUUCUUUUUAAAUUAAAACCACAGCCUUAUGUCACAAACAUGCUCUAGCUUUGCAAAAAAAAUAUUUUCUAAAAGUCUUGUGAAGAAAGUGUGCUCAUAACGCCACAAUGCUGAACAGUCACCCACUUCCUCAAAACGCAAGGAAGCAGACAGUUAAAAAAAAAAAAAAAAAAAAAAAAAGCAGUGGCUGUUGUUUAUCACAACUUCGCUUCAGUGAGGCCUGAGAUUCUUCCGAGCAGGGGCUCUGCUUCCCACAAGGCCAAGUGUCAACUGGGAUAUUUCUGGUAGAAAUUGAACGCAAAGCAGGGUGCCAACCCCCGGGGGACUGUGGGUGGGAUUAGGGGAGCUUGGGUGCCAUCCUCAAGUGACAGAUGGGUGGACCUUUCGUCUGAGGGAAAGGAAGAGGCACGUGGGCAGAUCAGCCUGGCACGUAAGAGUGCCCCUGAAGCAAUCACCCAGCAGAGAAGACAGACGAACCGAAGGGAAGAUCAGAACAGCAAGAAGGGCACAGACUGUUACACACUGGCCGCUACUCACCCAAAUCGAAAGCAACAUGUCCCUCAAGUUGCCAAGGACCUGGGAUUUCAACUUGAAAGCAGAGGCUGCAAAAAUAGCUCGGUCAAGGAGUGUGAUGACUGGGGAGCAGAUGGCGGCUUUUCACCCACCAACCACCCCCAACCCCCUGGAAAGGCCAAUUAAGAUGGGCUGGCUGAAGAAACAGAGGUCCAUCGUGAAAAACUGGCAGCAGCGGUACUUCGUGCUCAGAGCUCAGCACCUCUACUAUUACAAGGACGAAGAGGACUCAAAGGCACAGGGCUGCAUGUAUCUGCCGGGCAGUACAGUCAAAGAACUCGCCACAAACCCCGAAGAAGCUGGGAAAUUUGUCUUCGAAGUUAUUCCAGCCUCAUGUGACCAGAACCGCAUGGGACAAGACUCCUACAUUCUCAUGGCCAGCUCCCAGGUAGAGAUGGAGGAGUGGGUUAAGUUCCUCAGGAGAGUUGCUGGCACGCCCUCUGGAGCGGUGUUCGGCCAGCGCCUGGAUGAGACUGUGGCCUAUGAGCAGAAGUUCGGCCCUCACCUGGUGCCCAUCCUGGUGGAGAAGUGUGCAGAGUUCAUCCUGGAGCAUGGUGUGAGUGAAGAGGGCAUCUUCCGCCUGCCUGGGCAGGACAACUUAGUGAAGCAGCUGAGAGAUGCUUUCGAUGCGGGGGAACGGCCUUCUUUUGACAGGGACACAGAUGUGCACACAGUGGCCUCCCUAUUAAAGCUCUACCUCCGAGACCUCCCAGAGCCCGUGGUUCCCUGGAGCCAGUAUGAAGGCUUCCUGCUCUGCGGGCAGCUCAUGAAUGCCGAUGAGGCAAAGGCUCAGCAGGAGUUGGUGAAGCAACUUUCCAUUCUUCCUCGUGACAACUACAGUCUCCUGAGCUACAUUUGCAGAUUUUUGCAUGAAAUCCAGCUGAACUGUGCCGUCAACAAGAUGAGCGUGGACAACCUGGCCACUGUGAUUGGAGUGAACCUCAUCAGGUCAAAGGUGGAGGACCCAGCUGUGAUCAUGAGAGGGACUCCUCAGAUCCAAAGAGUGAUGACCAUGAUGAUCAGAGACCACGAAGUCCUCUUCCCCAAGUCUAAGGAUGCGCCACUGUCACCCCCUGUCCAGAAAAAUGAUGCUAAGAAGGCUCCAGUGCCCCGGAGCUCUGUAGGAUGGGAUGCCACAGAAGACCCACCACUCUCCAGGACAGACAGCUUCAAUAACACGGCAAGUAGUCCUGAUGCCACCAGUCCUACAGGACCACAACCAAGUGACCAGCAUCAGGAGGACAGUGGGAAAGCCCCCAGGGAAAACCCAGGAGACUGGAAGGUGCAAUCUCGGAAAAGGACUCAAACGCUCCCUAACCGGAAGUGUUUCCUGACGUCAGCAUUCCAAGGCACCAGUAGCAGCAAACUGGAAAUCUUUAAAAACGAGUUCUGGUCUUCAUCUUCAGAGGCUAAGACAGGGGAAGGGCACAGGAGAACUGUGUCUCAAGACUUGCGCCACCUUUCCAAUGACCAGCGGACUUCUACCUAUGAUAACGUCCCUGCCCCACUAGGGCCCCCAGGGAGUCCAGCAGGUGUACUCUCUCCUCCUGCCUGUGACUCCAAGAGAGACGUUCUUGGCAGCAGGGACUCUGAAAUGGAAUCUGGAAGCAAGAGCUCUGGAGAGGAUGACCUUGACUCUUUGCAGAGGAUGGUCCAGCAUCUACAAAAGGAGAUAGAAACCCAGAAGCACAUGUAUGAGGAACAGAUUAAAAACCUGGAGAAGGAGAACUAUGAUGUCUGGGCUAAGGUGGUGAGGCUCAAUGAAGAGCUGGAGACAGAGAAGAAGAAGUUCGCAGCCCUGGAAAUCAGCCUUCGAAAUGUGGAGCGCUCCCGGGAGGACGUUGAGAGGAGGAACAAGGUAUUGGAAGAAGAAGUCAAGGAGUUUGUGAAGUCAAUGAAGAAGCCAGAGACAAAGACCGAGGCUUGAGGUUCUGGGAUGUGUGGCAGGGACGGUCAACUCCAUUUCAGUUCUCCAUGCUCCUGAUGACUGGGAAGCAGAGUCACCUCCUAAGAUGGACCAGAUAUCUGAGGGGAGCGCUACAGUGCUCAGCAAACAAACAGAAGAUGGUGUGUGGGAGCACAGCAGGGCACUUGUGACCAUACUCAAGGGACUGUGGGAAGAGCGAACUGGGAUCUUCCAGUGUAUGACCAGGUCCAAAGGAGACAUUUAAGGUGUGUGGCAUCUCAGGACCCAGGCCAGAGCUAGGCCAAGGCCUCAGGUCUUUGUUUUCUAUGUGGCUAACCUGCCUGGUCAGAUGACUGGUUAGCUCUGAGACAUGCGCAGAACAUGACGCUUAACUCUCAAGUACGAACUCAAUGAGGACUCUCUGGGGAGGCUGGGCUGUUGGAACCAGAAUCAUAACAAUGAGGUGUAUUUAUGAAAACAAAAUUGGGGAGAAAUUUAUGUUCAAAUAAACAAAAAGGAAAACAAAAAGUGA